AUGCCCCGCCUCCCGCGCAAGGUCAAGAUCCUCGACCUUGAGCCGUGUGAGGGGCAGGAGGCAGACGACUUCUCCGCAUACGACUACAUCUACCGCGGCGACUUUCCCCGCAAGCAGAAGCACACGCGCUGGACGGCCCGGGACGGGAUAUACUCGGACUAUGCGCCGCUCAUCCUCCGCCGCCACGGACUCGCGGUCCGCGAAGACUGGGGCCGGGUUCUGGACACGACAGUCGACUUUCUGCGCCUCGACACUUACCCCGGGGUCGCAGACGACGUGACUGUCCCGCUCGCGACGCCGCGGUACGUCCUGCACCUGCACUGGCCGCCGCCGUCGCUUUUCAACGAUCACUUCUCCUUCAGCUUUAUCGGCUCGCAGGUCUGCGGCCGGACUCCGGAUGUUCGCGACGUCAAGCUCGUCUUCUCGCCGAACUGCACGCCGCCUCUCCCGGAAGAUGUGCUCGGGAUCAUCAUCUCCGCGACGACAGUCUUCAGGUCCGCCAUGGUGAAGGGCUCCACGGCGUUCACUGUUGUCGGGCUCGAGAGGUGGAUACCCGGCGUCGACGCGGCCGAGUUCAAGAGGAGCUUGAGAGCGCGUGGAGUGGGCAAGUACGGUUAUUACGGCUCCCCGUCCGACGAGGACUCUGGCAGGGCGUACGACAGUAUCCAGUAUCUCACUCUCGAGGAGUGGUGGGACUCACUGGGUGACAUGAUCAAGGUGGUUGGGCUGUGGCACGGGCAGUAUCCAGCGCAGGCUGGGCGUGCAUGGCGUGCGUACCCGCACAUCCUCGAGAGGAUCAUCGCGUACGCGCCCUCCGUGUCGGCGCUCAUCGCUUGGCGCCGCACAUGCCGGCGGUAUCGCAGUGUCGCUGAUGAGCGCCUGUUCGCGCACGCCAUUCUCCGGCGCCGAAACCCUCCCCCACCCGGGAAGUGGGGUGCGCUCGAAUGCAUCGUCAGGCCGAAGCCAGGUAGCAACGCCCUCCCGUUCUACAACGCGCGGCGGAACGGCUUUGAGCUCGUCCUUCCGCCCACUUCUGGCCUGUUGGCGGACCGUAACCUGCCCUUCUACCCCUGGAAAGCGCACACCAUCGACGUGGCCCACCACGGCGAGUAUGCACAGGCCUCCUUUGCAAGGCAUGGCGACUGGGACAGCGCUACCAUGACCGAAGGAGGGCAGGAGUACCGCCCGCACGUGCUGCGCCGCUUCGGGAGCUGUACGGCCGACUGGUGGGACGUGGUGCACGACACGACGGUCGACUAUGUCACGAUCGGCCAGGACCAGGGCGAGGGGGACUACACCGUCACGAUGCCGUUCUCGACUGCCCGAUACAUCCUGCACCUCGCCUGCCCGCCGUAG